AAAGGGGUCAGUUGGUAUCGGUGCCUCCAACGAGAUCAAGCCAAAAUUGUGUAGUUACUGGGAAAGACAUGUGCGAAAACAACUGUUGGCUUUGAGUCUUAACCUGACGCUGCCUGCAGUAGUCUGCUCUCUGUGGUAUCAAACAGUUGUCAGAAAACAAGAAAACAAGUAAAGGAUCAGUAGCCAUUUGAAAGGCUCAUUAUGGAAGGCACCAGAGGACACAUUUUGCAGCUAAUGGUAAUGGGCAUUUUGCUGGGCCUGGCAAGCCCAGGACAAGGGGCCAUCCAGACACCUGACUAUGAUGACACCUCCACACCUGAGAUCCUAAACCCUUCCUGGAUGGCCAACAUCUCUAACAUCUCUCCUCUGUCAGAUGUGACUAUGCCUGGCACUCACAACACCAUGGCCCUAUACGGUGGAUCACUCUCCGAGUGCAACUCCUGGACCCUUGCUUUCCAACUACGUGCCGGAAUCCGCUUUCUGGACAUCCGCGUUCGUCAUGUUAGAGGCAACCUACACAUCCACCACGGGGUCUCGUAUCAGUACGCCCACUUUGGGGAUGUGCUGACGGACGUGGUGGCCUUCCUGAGGGAGUAUCCGAGCGAAACGGUGCUGAUGAGACUGAAAGAGGAGUUGAGUAACACUGGCGAUAUCUACAGUGCAGCUGUGCGCUACAUUAAUGAGUAUGCCCACUGGGACCUGCUGUGGCACAGCCGCGAGAUGCCCACCAUGGGAGAUGCACGAGGAAAACUGAUCAUUCUGCAGGAUUUCUCUGUUCCUGAGCUGGGGAUGCGGUACAAUUCGCUGGACAUCGCCGAUCACUGGAAGGUACCCAGUUUAGUGCCAGAGGAGGUGAAGAAGAAAUGGACAAGUGUCUACACUCAUCUGGAGGCGGCAGCAGUGGGUAACAAAAACCAAAUGUUCCUCACCUACAGCAGCGGUGCCGGUGUCCUGGCACAUCCCAACUCCCUGGCCAAGAUCAUAAACCCCCGCCUACAUGAAUAUCUGACAGGAUAUGUUGGUCAAAGGAAGCGAUUUGGUAUUGUAGCAAUGGAUUUUCCCGGAGCAAAGUUGGUGCAAACUAUUAUAGGAUUCAAUUAAGAGAUAUGGCAUCGAGUCAACACCAGUAUGCUUGGAACUGCCCGAAAUAUCAUUGAAUUGACACAAAUUCCAUAUAUAUCAGACUUUUGAUGGAAAGCCCCUUUCAUCCACUUGAAAUUACCAUAAUUGUCACAGAAAAUGUUUCAGUUGGUGUUGCAAGUAUAUAUAUUUGAUACUUGAGCAAUGUGACACAUUUCUGUGCUAUAAUGACAAACUAUUUAAUAAAUAAGCUCUUCAGUCAUUUAAAAUAG